AUGCACCAAUACUAUCUCCUUGCCCUUCUACCUACAGCUCUUGGCUGCUUGAACGCCAACUCCAACGCCUGCGCUAGCUACAUCAAGUCCAACGCCGCGGCUUCUACCUUCUGCGCCACCUUCACCAGAAGCACCGUCACCGCCACCACCGCUCUUCCGGCCUGGGCUACGAACUGCUCCAACAAGCCCAGCCUCCUCUCUGCCGAAUGCACUUGCCACUACAGCGGUGCAGCAGGCGGUGGUAGCUCCCCGAGCACGACUCUCAAGACUACCACCACAAGCAAGCCCACCAGCACACAGGGCGGCGGUGCCGUUGUCACCCCUCCGACCGGUGUCACCACCACCCUCCCGAAGUCUUCCGGGGCCACCUCCACCAGCAAAGCCAUCACGGUCUCUGCUGGGCAGUCGUACGAUGGAGGCUUGAAGAAGUUCGACCGAAGCCCCAGGGUUUGCGCCGAGCAGGACGAGACCGGCGAGGCGGAUGCCAUGUUCGUUCUUGAGGACGGUGCUACUCUCUCAAACGUCAUCAUUGGACCUGACCAGGCCGAAGGCGUCCAUUGCAAGGGCCAGUGUAACAACGUCUGGUGGGAGGAUGUUUGCGAGGAUGCCCUCACCCUGAAGCAGCCCAGCGGAAACUCGUACGUUAACGGCGGCGGCGCCUUCAAGGCCUCCGACAAGAUCAUCCAGUUCAACGGGUUCGGGACCGUCAACAUCAACAACUUCUACGCCAACGACUACGGCAAGGUCGUCCGGAGCUGCGGCAACUGCAGCGGCAACGGCAAGGCCCGCAAUGUCAUCAUCAACAACAUGGUCGCCACGGACGGCGGCGUCCUCUGCGGCAUCAACACCAACUACGGCGACACCUGCUGGGUGACCAACAGCUGCCAGGACAGCAACAAGAUCUGCGACCGCUACACGGGCAACAACAACGGCGCCGAGCCCCCCAAGAUCGGCUCCGGGCCCGACGGCACCUACUGCAAGGCUACCGGCUUCACCACUGCCUGCUGA